UAAAUUCUCUCUCUCUACUACGAUUCAACUUGGUAGUGGUACUUUCCCGAAUAUGACGCCCGCCAGAUGUUUCGUUGGAGACGUGACGCCACAAAUGCAAAAGGCUGAACUGAGAUACCGGUAGGUCGUGAAGUAGUAGAGAGCAGGGAAAUGGCGUUGCCAACUAAAGUUCUUGUAAUAACUGGAGCAACAAGUGGGAUUGGUCUCAGCUUCCUUCAUAGAAUUCUUCUUGAAGUAAGACUUCAAUUCCUCAUUCGUGUGUGUAUUUUGUGUCGAAAUAUGAGAAAGGGAGAAUAUGUUCGUUCUACUUUAUUGGCAUCGCAUAAAUCUGCUGAAAUCGAACUUGUUAACAUGGAUACUGGAGAUUUAAAAUCUGUUUUAGAAGGAGUGAAUAUCAUAAAAGAAAAAUAUAAGAAAAUUGACUUUUUGUAUCUGAAUGCAGGGAUUUUACCUGUGAAAAAACUUCAUAUUUCUGGUCUUUUCAGCCGGAAUGUUAUAGCUCGGUUAAAGACUGGAGAGAAUAUCAUUGAAUCUGCCAAUCCAUUGAAUGAAUCUGGAAUACCACUAGUUUUUGCAACUAACGUUUUGGGACAUUUUGUUCUGGUUCAGGAAUUAUUGCCUCUUCUUAGAUCUGAUGGGCAAGAGAAAUCUAAAAUUGUGUGGACAGCUUCUAACAAUGCUGUAAAAAGCAGUUUUAACAUGGAUGACUUUAUGUGCAAUCAUGGGAACAUGUCAUAUGGUAGUUCAAAAUAUAUUAUUAAUGCGUUGAGCAUUGCAAUGAAUCAGCGAUACAACAGAGAAGGAAUUUAUAGCCACCUCGCCGAACCUGGUCUUUGCAUCACUGCGAUGUCAGAAAAUAUAUUACCAUUAUGGUUAUGGAAGAUUGUGGAAUUUCUCUUUAUGCUUUUUCGUCUUGUUGCUCACCAUCUGACACUUUCUACUUAUAAUGGAUCUGAAUCAUUAAUCUGGUUGUUCAAACAAGAUCCACGAAAUUUGGAAAAAAAUUACCAAUAUGAGAGUGCUGUGAACAUAUUUAAUCAGCGAUAUGUUUCAAAUGUUGAGAUUGAUAUUUCUCCUACUGAAGCAGAAACCAUAUUUCAAAAAAUGGUGACAACAACUGAAGAAAUCAGAGCUGAAGCAGGGUGAUAACAUAGGCAUUGUUGGCAAUAGUAUCAAAAUGAGAGUUGAUGAGAUUAUUAUUUUCAUGUGCAAUUGUUUAAUUUAGAAUAAAAAAGAGUAGUACAUUUCAUUAUUUCAGACUAAAAUGGAAAAUUUCAUACUAAACGAGUGACUUUGAUGUGUAAAUUGCCAAAUGUAUAUGUUACUGUGAAAAAAUGUUGAUAUGUAGAAAACUGUGUUUUAUCGAAUCUUGUAUAUUAUUAUAUAGCGUUAUCACCAGUGGGAUUGAAAAUUUUAAGAACAGGUUAUCUUUUGUAUCGUACUUACUGUCCACGGAUUCCCUCUUCAAAAAAUGUUUUAUGUAAUUAGUUAUUAUUAUUCUUAUUUAUGUUCAAUACCGUUCAUUGUGUUAGUUCUAGUGUGGUCUUUUGAUUCUUUGUAUUCCAUCAUUAUCCAAUAAAAUAAAACAAAUGAAAUUAAUGUGUUUUUACGGCGAA